CGGUCGCGUAUUUAUUUAUUCGCUCUGCUGUCGUACAAAAUAAGGAAAAAACAAAGAUUAUAAUGUGGCACUCAUUGCCAGCGCUUGUCGGCUUCGCUGUAGUCGUCUGUCUUGCGGCAGGCGCAAUUAGUCCAGCGGCUGGCUGCCCUCGGACGCCCACACAUUUGCCCCACGGCCGACGCACACGCGGCGACAAUGGAUACAAAUUAAUUGUAGCUGAUGGACCCAACGGCUAUGUGCCCGGCAAGGCAUACAACUUGCUGUUGCUUGGCUCGCGCACUCACACAAAAAUUCAGCACUUUACGCAUUUCACUAUCGCUGCUGGCACCAGACGCUCUGGUCGACCCCAGGUGGAUACUCCACGUCGUGUUGGCCGAUUCCAGCUCUUCAGCGAUUCACUCACCAAAUUCAACGAUCGCUGCGUAAACACCGUGUCCGAAGCGGAUGAUUUGCCCAAGACUGAGGUACAGGUCAUGUGGGUGGCACCCGAGGCCGGUUCAGGCUGUGUCUCGCUUUCCGCCAUGGUAUACGAGGGUCCACGCGCUUGGUUUGCGGAUGACGGCCAGCUCACCCAGGUUAUAUGUGAGCACAAGCCAACCGCAGCAGCCACGCAAAAGGAGUGCUGCGCCUGUGAUGAGGCCAAAUACAGCUUUGUUUUCGAGGGCAUCUGGUCGAAUGAGACACAUCCCAAGGAUUACCCCUUUGCCAUCUGGCUGACGCAUUUCUCUGAUGUGAUUGGCGCUUCGCACGAAGCAAACUUUUCCUUCUGGGGCGAGCAUCAUAUUGCCACCGAUGGCUUCCGCUCCCUAGCCGAAUGGGGUUCACCCACAGCUUUGGAGACGGAACUACGUGCGCAGGGCCCAAAAUUGCGUACGCUCAUUAAAGCUGCUGGCCUUUGGUAUCCAAAUGUCAACCAGAACACUUCAUCUAAAUUCCGUGUUGAUCGUAAACAUCCCAAGAUUUCAUUGGUUUCCAUGUUUGGCCCGUCACCCGACUGGGUGGUUGGCAUUAGUGGGGUUGAUCUAUGUACGGCCGACUGCAGUUGGAAGGAAUCCAUGGACUUUGAUCUGUAUCCAUGGGAUGCCGGCACUGACAGCGGCAUCACGUAUAUGUCCCCAAAUUCAGAGACGCAGCCACGCGAACGCAUGUAUAAGAUUACCACCAUGUAUCCGGAAGAUCCACGUGCGCCGUUCUACAAUCCGCAGAGUCAGCAGAUGACACCGCUGGCCAAGCUGUAUUUGCGUCGCGAGAAGAUCAUUUCACGCAAUUGUGACGAUGACUUUUUGCAAGCUCUACAAUUGGAGGUAUCCGAUGAUGCAGAGGAGCAGGAUACACGCGCCGAAUGCCGCGUCAGCAAUUACAACGCCUGGAGUCCCUGCUCUGUCAGUUGCGGCAAGGGCAUACGCAUGCGCAGCCGUCAGUAUCUAAAUCCCCAGCAGGCGCAGCAGGGCCAAUGCACGCGCCAGCUGGUGUCCAAGGAGAUGUGUGUGGCGGCUGUGCCCGAGUGUGCCAAUGGCUCGGCUGGCCAAGAUCGUGACGAGGAUGAGGGCGAAAAUAUGGCCAACUCGCAAUCGCUUGUCAGCGAUAACGGCGAAGGCGCCGGUCUCUGCAAGACCUCACCCUGGAGCGUCUGGUCGGAGUGCUCUGCUAGCUGCGGCAUAGGCAUCACCAUGCGUACGCGCACAUUUGUUAGCCCGCUGGGCCGCAAACGCUGUCCACACAUCACAAUUGUGGAGAAGAACAAGUGCAUGCGGCCGGAUUGCACUUAUGAGCAGGUGGAACUGCCGGAUCCUGAUUGUCCCACCACACAGUGGAGUGACUGGAGUCCGUGUUCCGGCACAUGCGGACACGGUAGCUCAAUACGUAAACGUUUGCUGGUGCUGGAGGAUGGACCCAUUAAGGACAACUGCACAGCGCGCAUGGAGCUGCAUCAGCAACGGGAGUGCCAACACGCUCUAGACUGUAGCAUCAAUAUGGAACUGGCCAAGGACAUUUGCGUGCAGGAGCCAGACAGCGGGCCCUGCCGCGGCAACUAUCAGCGCUAUGCCUACAAUGCCCAGGCCAAUCGCUGUGAAUCCUUUAUCUACGGCGGCUGUCGCGGCAAUCGCAAUAACUUCCUCACCGAGAGCGACUGCCUGCACACCUGCAACAAGAUACGCGCCGAGGGCACUGCCAGUGCUUAUUCUCGUGGGGAGAUCAACUUGCCCAAGGCCUGCGUCAUGUCCGAGUGGUCGAACUGGUCGCCCUGCAGCGUUACCUGCGGCAAUGGCUACUCCGAGGGCCGACGCUAUGUGGUUAGCGAGCCACAGCGUGGCGGCCAGCCGUGUCCCAAGCGUCUUGUCAAGCAACGCUCGUGCACCAUGCCAGCCUGCUAAGCAUUCCGCUGGACACCAUUACCUUUGCCUUUUCUAUUACAUUUUAUUACUAUUUCGAAUAAAGUGAACAACUCUU